AUGGCUGACGACACAGAACAGCUGCGUGAAGGAUGGACAUGUCUUUUCCCCCGGCGGAGUGAUGACACGAAAGAUGAGAGCCACAGAAAGACCAGGAUGAUUGACCCUCUAUCAGUAGAAACGGGUCUCCGUUUUUGUCACCAUCGCGGGAUUGACUUUACAUAUUUCCUGGCAGCCGCAUGGGCUGUCAUCCUUCAGCGGUAUGCUGAGGUUUCCGGCAUCCAGAUGGGGCUGCAAGAGCUUUCGGAUACAGAUCUUGAACAUUCAACACGGAUCGGCUCCAAGAGUGAGAUGAGCCUGCUGCGGGCUUCUCUGGAGGAGAGUACAACAGUUGCCGGUUUGCUUUGUCCAGAAGCAUGGAAGAUGACAGCAGCUAGUGCUGCGAGCUAUUCGGAGUUCAACACGGGUAUAGCAAUUUGCAAAGCCGAUUCGGAUUCUGCAACGAACCCCAUCUCAGUCUCUACAGAUGCACUCGAAGUAUGCAGUAUCGUUCUUGUCUUCAUCAAAAGCCUCGAUGGUAGCACUCCCCGAAUGGUACUCGCGUAUGACACGGAGAUUCUGUCAGAGACGCAUUCCCAGCACCUGUCGAGCUGUCUAGCUCAGGCCAUGGCCUCUGUCGCUCAAAGCAGCGAGCUUCCACUGGCACAAAUACCCCUCAUCGACCGAAAUCAACUAAGCCAGAUCAUACAGUGGCAAAGAUUCCUUGAAAACCCGGCUCCUGCUCAAUCAAUGUACGAGAUCAUCUACCAAAAUUCUAUUCUGCAACCAGAGCACACAGCAUUGGACGCCUGGGACGGUUCCCUGACUUACCACCAACUUAUCGAGCAUGCGUCUGCGCUCGAGCUGCGGCUGCGAGGGCUAGGUGUGAAACCGGGGAUGAUAGUAGCGACUUGCUUCAGCAAAUCAGUCUGGGCGGUAGUAGCCAUGCUAGCAAUCAACAAGGCCGGCGCAGCAUUCAUGCCGUUGGAUCCUUCUCAUCCGUCGAGUCGGUUGCGCAAGAUCGUGUCCCGUUCCGGAUGCUCGAUCGCCUUGACAUCAAGAGGAGGCUUUGAGCUACUGAAGGGAAUUGUGCCGUGCAUAAUGGUUGUUUCAGAGUCGAACACACGAAAGUUACCAGACUAUUUCACUGAUGCGCUGCCUACCGCCGCAUUAAAGCCUGAUGCCCCUGCUUACUGUCUGUUUACGUCCGGCAGCACAGGUGAGCCCAAAGGAUGCAUAGUGGAUCAUGCAGCGUUUGCGAGUAUUGCAGACCACGGGAGGGCAAUUGGGAUGAGCUUCGCCAGCCGUGUACUCCAAUUUGCCUCAUACAGCUUUGGUGUAUCCCUAAUCGAGAUCUGGUGCACUCUGAGUGCUGGGGGCACUGUUUGCGUGCCUGCAGAAGAGGACCGGACCAGCCGACUCUCCGGCGUGAUGAAUGACAUGCAAGUCAAUUGGUCCAUAAUGACACCUACGGUGAUAGAUUCCUUGACACCUGAGAGCGUUCCUCUUCUCGGCACUGUCCUGGUUGCAGGGGAACCAUUAAAAGCGCCACAAAUCGACCUCUGGGCUUCCAACGUCAAUCUUUACCAGGGAUAUGGUCUGACAGAGUGGGCAGGGUUGUUCUCCAUCUCGCCCAGAAUACAUUCACGUAGUGAUCUCAGCAGCAUUGGCUCGCCAAUUGGUGGUAGAUGCUGGCUUGUUGACCACCAAUUUCCGGAUCAGCUUGCUGGAAUUGGCCUCGUGGCCGAGCUGGCAAUUGAGGGUCCUAGUCUCGCGCAGGGAUACAUCAAUGAACCUGAAAAAACAGCAGCGAGCUUCUUGGAAUCAACCCCGUGGAUGUUGGAUCUCCCCGAGAAAGGCCACAGAAAGAAGGCGAUCUACAAAACGGGUGACCUUGUGUACUAUGAUCACCAGGGUAAUCUUCGAUAUGUCGGCCGAAAGGACCGCCAGGUGAAAAUCCGCGGCCACCGUGUCGAGCUGAAGGAGAUUGAAGCCCAUAUCGGUCGAAACGCUGUUGUCGAGGCUAUUCAGCCCGUUGACGACACAGGCCCCUUGACUCUUGUGGCGUUUAUGCCCUUCCAAUCGCCCCGUCUCUCUUCCCCUGGAGUGAAUAACAGCACGGAAGAUGUGCUAUUCACGAUAGGAGACGGUGCUUUUAAAGACUCUGCAGACGCUAUAAAAAAGAGGCUCGAAGCCCUCUUACCAGAUUACAUGGUCCCCAGCAUGUUCAUCCCUGUCAAAAAACUGCCCUUGACGAUAUCAGGCAAAAUUGCGCGCCAGAAGCUGCGCAGCUCGGCGAGCAAACUGCGACGCGCAGAGCUCCUCGAGCUAACGGGUUUGAGAAAGGGUGUUGAUGGCCCGUCAACAUCACAAGAAAAAACCUUACACGAGCUGGUAGUCGAUCUCCUGAACCUGAAGAGAGAAGAGGUAGGCAUGGAGCAUGACUUCAUCACAUUGGGCGGUGAUUCUGUGACGGCGAUGAGGUUGGUCGGCAAGGCACGACAGAAAGGCCUGCACCUCACAGUUCAAGACGUGCUCAGGAUGCCAGUAUUGAGAGAUCUAGCCCGGCAAGCGACGUCGAAAACGACGGAGAAGCCACGUCCAGUCACACAACUACAACCAUUCUGCCUUCUGGAGCCCAGCUCGCGAGAUACGCUUGUCGCUUUGGCAACCAAGGCUUGCCGGGUACCCCAAGAGCAGAUAGAGGAUAUAUAUCCCUGUACUCCCCUUCAGGAAGGGAUGAUUGUACUCGGGGCACAACAAAAGGGAAAGUAUAUAGCACGAUUUGUCUAUCAGCUAGAGGAAACAGUCGAUUUGGCUCGGCUUCAUUUGGCAUGGGACCAGACAGUUGCGGCAAACUCUAUUCUUCGAACAAGGAUUAUCAGAGUAGAGGGGAAGGCGAUGCAUCAAGUUGUGAUGAACGAGAAGAUCGAGUUGGCUCCUGUGGCCGACGGCCUCGAUGGGUACCUCGAAACAGCCCAAGCCGAACCAACACCGAUGACGCUGGGAGACGCCUUGAUAAAGGCUGUUUUGAUACAUGCCAAAGAUGAAUCCUCAUGCAGGUUCCUCGUUUUGACGAUACAUCAUGCGAUAUGCGACAGAUGGUCUGUGAAGCAGUUGAUGGACCAGCUCAAGGCAGCGUACAACGGCGCGACGCUGAGCCCCAACUCAUUCACGGGCUUUAUUCGGUACAUUCAAGAUCUUGAUUUGACGGCUGCAGAGACAUAUUGGAGAUCCCAAUUUGAUAACCUAGACGCCGAGGUCUUCCCUGCUCUCCCGGCAAGGGACUACAGACCUAGCGCAACCGAGUCGUCAACGCUCCGGAUCAACUGUCGCCAUGCAGCACCAAUUGGCUUCACUAUGUCCACUGUCAUCCGCCUCGCGUGGGCGAUUGUCAUCGCCCACUAUGCAAAUACCCCCGACGUUGUAUUUGGAGCUACUGUGACGGGUCGCGCUGCUCCGGUCGACGGGGCGGAAUCAUUGACAGCACCCACCAUUGCGACAGUUCCGCUGCGUGUGAAAUUAGACUUGCACAUGAGCAUUGCAAAAGCCUUUGAGAUGGUUCAGAAGCAGACCAGCGAGAUGAUCCCUUUUGAGCAAGUCGGGUUACAAAGGAUCCGCAAAUGCAGCCCCGAAGCAGAAGCCGCAUGUCGUUUCCAGAGUCACCUGGUCGUCCAGCCGUCGUGGGGUGCGUCAAAGCAUGAAGUCUUCACGCAAUUAGAAGAGGGUGCUGCAACAUUAGGUGGAUUUGCGGCGUAUGCGCUGGUUCUGCUCUGUAAUCUUACUGAAGACUCUGCCGUGGACGUCGUGAGCGAAUUCGACCCAGGGGUGCUGGAUGCCACCAUGAUCAAACGUCUAAUGCACCACUUUGAGCACGUCCUUCAAUACCUGCUCGUGCAUCCAGAGCAGAAUAUAGAUCAGAUUCCGACGGUUGGCAACUUUGACGUGGAGCAGCUACGUCAAUGGAACGGGACGCUGCCAUCGACAGAAAAUGUAUGUGUCCAUGAAGUCAUUCGGCAAAGACACAUCGAAAGACCGGACGCAACUGCAAUCUGUGCUUGGGAUGGUAGCUUCACUUACGAGGAACUUGAUCUUUGGUCCACGCGACUUUCCACCUUUUUAAUGAACCGUGGUAUCAAACCUGAGGUCUUUGUGCCAAUCAUAUUUGAGAAGUCUCGCUGGGUGAUAGUCGCCAUGCUUGGAGUUAUGAAGGCAGGAGGGGCGUUUAUGAUGCUGGAUCCUUCACAACCAGAGCAGCGACUGAAGACCAUUUGCCAGCAGAUCCAUAGUCCUCUGAUCAUAGCUCAUGCUGAAACAGGGUCCCUGGCUGCGACGCUACAUCCCGAAGUAGUCGAGAUAGACCAGAAAUUCACGAACUCAUUAUCCUGUUCUCAAGAGAGCGUGUCAAAGGCCGAAGUAAGCCCCGAUACUGCACUCUAUGCAGUUUUUACUUCAGGGUCCACGGGAACGCCGAAGGGUGUCAUAAUUGAGCACAGGUCAUACUGCUCUGGUGCGAUGGCACACAUACAAGCAUGCCGCAUAACCUCCCAAUCUCGAAUGUUACAAUUCGCCUCAUAUGCAUUCGACACAAGCAACAUGGAGAUUCUGAGUACCCUGAUGGCAGGCGGGUGUGUUUGUGUCCCAUCAGAGUAUGCACGGAAGAAUGAGCUUGCAAGGGAAGCAGCUCGCCUCCAAAUCACACACGCAAUUCUCACACCUUCGCUAGCCCGACCAUUACUUAGCUCCUCAGAAAAAUUCGCAGAGACCAUCAUUGUUGUAGGAGAGCCCAUGUCACACUCGGACGUCUCAGAGUGGGCGAAGCAAUGCCGAUUAAUGAACGGGUAUGGGCCAUCAGAAUGCUCAGUGAAUGCCACCUUGCAGCCAAACAGCGGCUGUGGACUUCAUAGCGAUCCUCGCAAUAUUGGCUUCCCAACGGGUGCCGUCUGCUGGGUUACUAAUCCAGAAGAUCAUAAUAUUCUGCGCCCUAUCGGUGCAGUGGGCGAGUUGUUGAUCGAGGGACCUAUUGUAGGUUGUGGCUACCUGAAUGACCCGGACCGAACCAAGGCUGCGUUUGUAGACGCCCCUUCGUGGUUGGAAAUCAUUCGAGAUAAGCCAACCGCCACGAGGCUGUACAGAACCGGGGACCUCGUCAAAUAUGCAUCUGAUGGCUCGUUACAAUACAUUGGACGCAACGACACCCAAGUCAAGUUGCGAGGACAACGCAUUGAGCUUGGGGAGAUAGAGAACCAUAUUCGUCGAUGUUUUCGAGGGGCUAUUGACGUCGUGGUUGAAAAAGUUCAACCAUCAGCGGCUAAUGACCGGCCAUGCCUAGUCACUUUCAUCAGCAUGGAGGCAGCGACGCAAGGUAGCCAUACUGAGAGCCUCGACAAGUUUGCGAAACCAACAGAUGGCUUCAGGGCGAUGGUAGCAACAGGGCACACCGAGCUGCUUAGUGCUGUACCUGAAUAUAUGGUCCCUGACAUUUUCAUUCCCUUGUCAUCCAUGCCCCGAACGGUCUCUGGCAAAGCAGAUCGUCGGCGCCUUCGGACCAAGGCAGAGACCUUUUCAUUUGCAGAACUGAGCACCUUUAGAUCAUCGCAGCAAGAGAAAAGAGCCCCCGUUAGUGAAGGCGAGCUUGCAAUGCAGGGAGUCUGGUCACAAGUCCUCAAUCGACCGCUGGACGAAGUUGGCACAGACGAUACCUUUUAUCAGCUGGGAGGCGACUCUAUUUCUGCCAUGCAGGUGGUCGCUCUGGCACGCUCCAGAGAACUAUACACGUCUGUUGAAGAUAUCUUGCGAUUCAAGACUAUUGCCAAUAUAGUCAGCCAUUGCAAGCAGCCUUCGAAAGUAUCGAUCCAGACCAGUGAUGCUCUUGAUGUACCUUUUGGUCUAUCGCCAAUUCAGCAGCUCUUCUUCGAGAAACAAGGAAGGGUCGCUCAUCAUUUCAAUCAAGAGUUUCUCCUUCGCAUGUCCAGGAGAAUCGAUGUUGUACAAUUAAAGCAGGCUCUAAUCGCCAUUGUCACAAGGCAUCCAAUGCUACGCGCGGUCUUUGUGCAGCAGUCCAAUGGCAAAUGGCAGCAAAUGCUUAGAGCUAUAGAUGACGCUGUUUGUCGAUACGUCGUCCAUACUGUUUCAGGACGCAAUGAAUUGGAUACAGUCGUCGCAAACACUCGCGGGUCACUGAAUAUCGAGACAGGCCCUCUCUUCGCUGCAGAUUUGGUGAACAUUGCGGAAGAUAAGAGCCAGUAUCUGUUUUUGGUGGCUCAUCAUCUGGCCAUCGAUCUCGUAUCCUGGCGUAUUAUCUUUGCUGACCUACAGAAAGUGUUAGAAGGGGAGCCUCUUCCGACGAACCGAUCUGUCUCUUUCCAGGCGUGGUGCUCUCUGCAGGAGGAUUAUUGCAUGGAACAUCUGGGUCCACUUCAGGCGAUACCCAAAAGCCUCCCUGACAACUAUCCCAUGGAUCCGAAAUCCUUCUGGGGGCUUUCAGGAAAAGCCAAUGUUUUUGGCGACACUGUAGCAGAGAAAUUCACGGUCGAUCGGCAAGUCUCGCAGCAGCUGCUGGGCGAAGCAAAUCAAGCCUUCAACACAAGACCUGCGGAUAUCUUCAACACAGUGGCCCUAUAUUCCUUUACGGAGGUGUUCAAAGAUCGACCUGCACCCCUGGUCUUCUGCGAAGGCCACGGCCGCGAACCUUGGGACCCUUCCAUCGACCUGUCCGAAACGGUAGGAUGGUUCACCACACUGUGGCCAGUGAUUGUGGAUAUGCAGAAGGGCAACGACCUUCCGCAGCUGCUCCGGCUCGUCAAGGACGCCCGCUCUCAGACACCCAGGAACGGAUGGGCCUAUUUUGCCUCGCGGUAUCUUCACCCGGAUGGCCGCAAGGCGUUCGGCACUUCUCAUUCAGCGGAGAUCAUCUUCAACUACACGGGCGAGUACCGGCAGUUCGAACUGGCUGAUUCGCUAUUCCUGCCUGAUGAUCACUCAAUUCAGGGGGCGCUCAAUGCCGCGCCUGAUGUUGAGCGACUUGCCUUGUUCGACAUCACCGUCUCGGUGUCCCACGGUUGCUUACAAUUUCAUUUCAUCUAUAACCGCCACAUGUUGCACCAGGAUGCCAUCCAGGACUGGAUCCAAGCGUGCAAGCGCAAUCUAAACGUUGCAUGCGAAGUACUGAGUUGCCUCCACCCCAGGCCGACUCUGAGUGACCUUCCAUUGAUGCCAAUCUCUCAUGAUCAGCUCGAUACUUUCAUUGAUACCAUCUUACCAUCGAUUGGAUUAACAUGGGAGAAUGUGGAAGAUUUCUAUCCUUGUUCCCCUGUGCAGCAGGGUAUGCUCGUCGCCCAGGCAAAGAAUGCGGAUAAUUACCUAGUCCAGGUGACAUGGAAGAUCGAAUCGACAAGUGGUACACCUUUAAAUAUUGUCCACCUGGAGCAUGCCUGGGCCCAAGUGGUGAAGCGCCACGCUGUCCUGCGCACAAUCCUCGUUGAUGGAAUAUCUGAUAAUUCAUAUCUGGAUCAGGUUGUGCUGAAAACGACUUCUCCCCAGACGCUCUUCGACAAACGUUCUCAGCCAGUGUGGAAGAAGGGUGAUCUGCUCUAUAGGAUGACAUUCUUGGAGACAGAAAAUGAUGCUUGCCUCUGCCAGCUUGAAAUCAACCACGCCAUCAUAGACGCUGCGUCUCUGGACAUCAUGAAACAAGACCUCUGUCUUGCGUACGAGGAAAAGCUCCCCGCGGGCCAACCGCCCUUGUAUAGUGCCUUUCUCGAAUAUCUGCAGCAACAGCCGUCAGGCGCUGCGAAAGAGUAUUGGACGGCCUACCUAGACGGUAUCCAGCCAUGUCACUUUCCGAACAUUGAUUUUGCUGGUGGCCGCAAGCCCCCUCAGUUGCGGCACCUGUCUAGACGACUCCCCAAUGGUUCUGAAAUUCAUGGUUUUUGCAAAGAGCGUAAUGUGACCAUAUGGAACAUAGUCUGCCUUGCAUGGACGCUGGUUCUUCGAUCCUACACCCACUCGGACCAGGUGUGCUUCGGUUCGGUCAAGUCCAGCAGAGACCUGCCUAUUGACAACGUCGAGCAAAUAGUCGGCCCAAUCAUCAAUAUGCUUCCGUUCUGCAUGUCUUUGAAUACAAAAGAGACCGUCGAGCAAGCAUUGCACAAGAUCCAACAGGGCUAUCUAGAGAGCCUUCGGUAUCAGACGUUUCCGCUCUUCGAGAUAAACCAGGUAGCACAGGUGGCUCAGCAGUCACUCUUCAAUACGGCAAUUACGGUUCAACGUGGGCAGAUCCAUAACGACAAGAACGAAGAUGGUGUCCGUAUUCAAACGGUAGAAAAGGCUGAGGUCACCGAAUACGAUAUUGUGCUGUCUGUGGACUAUACUGAUGCUGGGCUUGAUGUCCAGCUCAGGUACAAGACAUCCAUCAUGUCCGAAAGUCAAGCCGCCAGCGUCUUGGCCACGUUCGAGCAAGCGACGUCAGGCAUUGUCUUAAACAGCAACGUGACAAUCGAACAGAUCGACAUCUUCAGUGACCACGACCGCGCCUUGGUCUGGACUCGGAAUUCGUCCAUUCCCGACGCAGUGGAAGCGUGUAUUCACGAGAUUAUUGAGAAGAAGUGCUUCGAGCAGCCUGAUGCGCCGGCGGUUUGUGCAUGGGACGGUGAUUUCACUUUCCAAGAAGUGCACAGACUAUCCUCGGAGCUUGGCAGUCAUUUGGCCGCGAAAGGUGUCGGACCAGAGGUGAUUGUGCCUCUUUGUUUCGAGAAAUCCCGCUGGACGGUGGUGGCGAUGCUAGGGGUGUUGAAAGCUGGCGGUGCAUUCAUCCUCUUGGAUCCCUCCCAUCCUUAUGCAAGGUUGAGGGCUCUCUGUGACAGUGUCGGUGGAAAGGUCAUAGUGUCCUCUCAAGAGAACGUUGACUUAAGCCGACAACUCUGCAGCGAUGUUGUGACCGUCGGGACAAGCCAUGCCUCCUGGUCAGACGUGCCUACGACCGACACUGUGCUGCAAAAUGCUCGGCCAAAUAACGCUGCGUAUGUUAUUUUCACAUCUGGCUCCACUGGUAAGCCAAAGGGGGUCGUCAUAGAGCAUCGAGCCUUUUGCACAGGUGCUGCUGCUCAGGUACAGUCAUUAUGUCUGGAUAAGUCAACGAGAUUUGCUCAGUUUUCCUCAUUUGCGUUUGACAUCUGUGUUCUGGAGCACUUCACGACGCUGAUGGCGGGCGGAUGCAUCUGCGUGCUGUCCGAGUCCCAGCGCCGAGACAAUCUGGGUGAAAAUCUCAAGGCCCUCGGAGCAAAUCAUGCCCUGCUGGUUCCUUCCGUUGCCCGGCUGCUCAAACCAGAGAAAGACAAUGCUCUCUCGACUCUGAUCCUUGGAGGGGAGUGCAUGAGCCAAACAGAUGUAUCCACCUGGGCAGAUCGAGUUCGUCUACUCAACAUAUACGGACCAGCGGAGUGUUCCGUCAUCUCGACUGUUCAGGAUUCUUUCACAUUGGAAUCGGACCCUCGGAAUAUCGGCUAUCCCUGCGGAUGCGUUUGCUGGAUCGUGGAUGCCAAGGAUGUGAAUAAGCUUGUGCCCAACGGCGCCAUUGGGGAGCUGUUAAUCGAGGGCCCUAUUGUGGCCCGUGGAUAUCUGAAUGACCCGGGCAGGACAGCUGAAGCGUUCGUUCCACCACCUGUGUGGUUUGAGGGCCAAAGACCUAGCACUUCUUUCUACCGGACUGGUGACCUAGUGAGAUACAACGCCGACGGGUCUAUCAAUUUUAUUGGGCGGCGAGACAUGCAGGUUAAACUGCGAGGGCAGCGGAUUGAGCUGGAAGAAGUCGAGGCCCAUGUGCGGCGGUCGUUCGAAGGCGCGGUCGAGGUGGUGGCAGAGGUGGUUGUCCCUGCAGGCGAAGGAACCCGCAACAACCCCCUUCUUGUCGCUUUCGUAUGGUUCCAGCCUACAUCGCCCGGCGAGAAAAUACAUCGUGCAGAGGAAGCGGAGGCUUCCAGUGUCUUUGUCACGCCCUCGGAAAGCUUCUAUACGAGGGUGACAGAGGCAGAGGCCAAACUUCGGCAAACAGUUCCAACAUUCCUUGUGCCGUCGCUCUUUGUUCCGAUUUCGCAGCUUCCGCGGACGGGAUCCGACAAGGUCGACAGGAGAUACUUACGACAGGCAUUAGCGGCCAUGUCACAAGAUGAUCUGGCAAGAUUUCGGGCUCCUACAGCUUUCGGGUCGAAGAAGGCGCCAUCGUCGGAAGCAGAGCAUAGACUGCAGUCAAUUUGGGCCAAGGUUCUUGGUCUCUCCCCAGACACCAUAGGUUUACACGAUAAUCUCUUCCACUUGGGUGGCGACUCGAUUGACGCAAUGAAGGUCGCUGCUCUCUCGCGUGCGGCCGGCCUCGCUGUGAGCGUCGCAAGUAUCUUCGCUCAGCCCACGCUCGAAGCUCUGGCUAAAGAUGCAGCGGCUGAGGGGACAGAAAAUGCAGCUCGCCUUGAACCAUACUCCCUGGUGACCACAGAAGCUCGCAACCAUUUGACAGCAAACUUGACGGCACAAAUUGCCAUUGUAGUCAGUGACGGCAUUGUCUCUGAUGUGCUUCCGGCCACUGAAGUACAACGGUUCUUCAUUGACCGAGAGACAUUGCAUUACUACAACUUUGCGUUGCAGGGCAGACUUGAUCCGGAACGACUUCGAACGGCGUGUGAUGCCAUGAUGGCGCGGUAUAGUAUUCUUCGCACGCUGUUUUCGGAACACGACGGCGACCUGUUCCAGAUCGUUUUGCACAGGCUCAAGGCACCAUUUGCGCAUCAUCACACGGAAGAUGAACCGUUGCCAUUCGCUCAACAGUUGUGGGCGCGGGAUCGUAGCAAGUUCGAUAUUUUGAACGGCCCGGCAGCCUUUUUCAUCUUGGUUUCUCAGAAAUCGGGGGACAACCAUGUAUUCAGUAUUCGAAUUUCUCAUGCCCAAUGGGAUGGCGUCUCUUUCUCAGCUCUUGUGAAAGAUUUGGCUGCGGCAUACAAUCAAAGUGCAUUGCCCCCGACUUCGGAUUUCGCCAGCUAUCAAUAUCAUCGGGCUGCACAAACCGGUGACGCAUCGUUCAGCUUCUGGCGGCAGUACUUGCAAGGAGGCGUUAUGGCAUCGCCAUUCCAACUCCGAGAUCCCCUUGAACUCCCUGCUGGUGAGGAAUUCAGGACCAUGUGGCAUGUCGAAACCAUCCCCCUCCCUCAGCUAGCCCCUGGGAUUACCAUGGCCACACUGGUCAAAGCAGCAUGCGCGUUCUACAUCGCGUCCAUCACCUCCCAUAAAGACAUAGUCAUCGGCCAGACCGUCAACGCCCGGAGCAUGCCCAUCGACAACAUCGACGUGAUUCUUGGCCCCUGUCUCAACUUUAUCCCGUUCCGAGUCUCCUUCCAGCCCGAGUGGACGAUCCGUGACCUCCUGGAGUCCGUGCGUGCACAGUAUGCGCAGACCGUGCAGCACGAGUUCCUGGAAUUGAAAGAUAUCGUGCAGCAUGCUACCGACUGGCCAGCGGAUACGGAGUUUGGGGUGAUUGUUCAACAUCAGAACAUCCAGCUCAGUCAUGACCUCGGCUUGCACGGAAUCGAAGCGAAAUACUCCCUCUUUCCGCAGUUCGAGCCCCGAGGGGAGGUGUUCGUCUUCACGGAGCCAUACGAAGACAGGGUGGAAGUGCAGGUGUGCGCGAAUAGUCGAAUCUUGUCUCCGGAACGUGGACGGUUGAUGGCCAAGGGAAUUAGCGAGACCAUUGAACACUUCUCGCGCUCACUGGGGGCGUUGGUAUCGGAUUUCAGGGUUUAG